CAGUCAACUGCACGUGGUCCAUAUUGCUGCGGGAGAGGAACAUCAAACAUUUCAGCACACGUAAUAUCAUAGCGCGGUCGGCGGGUUCGGAGACGUUUCAGUUCUUUUUCUUGUUUACCGGUAUUUCCACAUCAAUACGAACAACAAUUGUGCCUUCUACCACACAUAUUCAUGGAAACCAGUUAAUAUUCACGCGGGGAUGCAGAUAAAAAUAAAUAGGCUAUCGGCGUCAGUCUUAUUUUCAAACCAAACCUAUACAUUAGUCAAAACGUUACACAAAUUUAUUCAACUACGAAAACCUGAGAUAUAAAGGACGCACAUCAUAUAUUUUGCCCAUAAAAUAUUUCACUUCUACAUAUAAUAUAAAAUGGUGAGGCAUCAUGUUCUCAUUUAAUAGUACCUAUUCAUCAAAAGUUACUCUUUGGAUAUUUUCAAUAAACCGUUGGUGACCAAGUACCUACGUUUGUUGUACGUUAUUAAACACGCAAAAUUUAUAAUAUUUCGUCGCAGUUCAAUAAUGAACGCCAAGACCGAGAUGAUGGACCGUCAACCAGAAAUCAACACGCAGCGGCACGUGUACCAAGUGGACGCGCUGUCGGCCAACAACAACAUUCCGGCCGAGGCGACCCGGCGGCCGGCCGCUAAGAAACCGCACAAGAAAAAACGCACCUGCGCCGACUACGUGAAGAAGACCAUACCGUCCAUUGACUGGCUGUUCCUCAACUACCGCUGGUCGAAGGACUUCGCGGAGGACACGAUGGCCGGCAUCGCGGUGGCCGUGCUGAACAUCCCGCAGGGCAUGGCCUACUCCAUCCUGGGCAACGUCGAGCCGACCGUCGGCCUGUACAUGGCCGUGUUUCCCGUGCUGGUGUACAGCCUGUUGGGCACGUCCCGUCACAUAUCGCUGGGCGUGCUGUCCGUCCUGUGCCUGAUGACCGGCAAGGUGGUGACGACGUACGCGACCGACGGCGCCGAGGACGACCCCACGCUCGGUUACUCGGCCAUCCAAGUGGCCACCGCGGUCACGAUGGUGGCCGGACUCGUUCAGCUGGUCAUGUACGUGUUCCGGCUCGGACUGCUGUGCACAGUGCUGUCCGAGACGCUGGUCAGCGGCUUCACCGCGUCCGUGGCCGUCAUCGUGCUCACGUCGCAGCUGAAGGAGCUGCUCGGCGUGGACGUGGCACGGCGGCACGGCAUGAUGCAGGUGCCGAACACGUUCUACGAUUUCGCCGACCGUUUCCACACCAUCAACUGGGCGACCACCGCGGUGUCCAUCACCACCGUCACCAUUCUAUUGGUGUACAACAAGUACCUGAAGGAGAGGAUCAACAGCAGGCUGUGCAUGCCACUGCCGAUCGAACUGAUCGUCACGGUCUUCGCCACCGUCCUGUUCCAAGUUACCACUAUCGCCCAGGACUAUAACAUGGUCCAGAUGGGUGAAAUCAAAGCGGGUCUGCCGGCGUUCGAAGUGCCGCCCGUCAAACUGUUCUCGGCCGUGUUCGUGGACGCCUGCGUCAUCGCACUGGUCGCUUACUCCAUCACCAUGUCGCUGGCGCUGCUCGUGUCGGAGAAACUCAAAUACCCGUUGGACACCAACCAGGAGCUGCUGGCCCAGGGCCUGGGCAACGUGGUCGGUUCGUUCUUCUCGUGCCUGCCCAGCGGCGCGUCACCGUCGCGCAGCGCCUCACAGCAGACGGUCGGCGGCAAGACCCAGAUGGCCAGCAUCGUGUCCGCGGCCAUCAUAGUGGUCGUACUGCUCUGGAUCGGCGUCGUCUUCGAACCGCUGCCCAGGUGCGUGCUGUCCAGCAUCAUCGUGGUGGCGCUCAAGGGGCUCCUCAUGCAGGUGCUCAACUUCCCGGAAAUAUGGCGCAAGUCCAAGACCGACGGCACCGUGUGGAUAGUUACGUACCUGACCGUCAUAAUACUGGACAUCGACUCCGGACUGCUGAUCGGCGUGGUCGUGUCACUGCUGUUCGUGUUCGUCAAGGGCGUGCUUAACGAAGUGCACGUGCUCGGCCGGUUACCGAACACCGACCUGUACGUCCGGCUGGACCUGUACGGCGACGCCGUCGAAAUACCCGACGUCAAGAUCGUCCGGUACGCCGGUAGCCUGAACGUGAUCAACAGGUACAUGUUCAAGAGAAAGCUGAUCGAGGUGACGAGGGACGACGACGCGACCGUGACCGUGACCGUGGUCGACGGCAAGAACCCAACCGGAGGCCGGCGUCCCGCUCAGUGCGUGGUCGUCGAUAUGGCCGCCCUCCAGUACGCGGACGCGGCCGGCGCGAAAAUGCUGUCCGAAUCGAUCGAAUCGCUCGUGUCCGACGGGUUCAACGUGUAUCUGGCCGCCGUACCCGACAGCUCGUUGGAGUUUAUCCGCGGCAGUAACGGCGUGAAAGCGGUGCGAUUCUUCCCGACCGUGCACGAUGCGGUCGUCUACCACCAGUGCAGUAGCAAAAAAAUCCAAGACUCGAUGUAUGACACACAACCGUCCAAGACUCCGAAUGGAUUGUAAACGCACUUGCGAAGUGCACAUAUUUUUUUCCAUUGAAAAAUCGUAAAUAAAUGUUUAUUUUUUUAAACUGUAACAUUUAAAUAUUCAACAUAUAGGUAUAAAGCAAAAAAUAUUUUUUUGUAAUUUUAUGCUGAAAUCAACAAUGCAAGUUUUUAAACUUUUUUUUUUUUUGGUGCCAUGUAUUCGUAACUACCUACCUAUUAUUUUUUUAUAUAAAUAUCUAUUAGUUAGGAUAAAUACAUACGUAUUAUUAUUAAAAUGAUAUUAAUAAUUUUAGUAUACAAUUAUUUUUUUACUUUAUUAUAAUAUUAGAAAAUUGUUUUGUAAUUAAUAUAAAGAAUUAAUGUUUAUUAUUGCUAGAUAGUUUAAGUUGUAAUGUAUAUUAUCUUUUUUAAAUAAAAUGUUUUGUAACUUGUAUGUUAUAAGUAACGCGUAAAGUUAUUAUUACCGAAAAUCACUAUAAAUUACAAAUAGUCCCAUAUACGAAAAAGUACAUAUGAAAAUUAAGUACGGUAUUUAUAUUAUUAUAAUGCAAUUGAUGAAUUGUAUUAAGUUGUCAACAUAUAGUUUCUGUAAUAUAACUGUACAUUAAUUAUUUUAAAUAUUAUUAGGACCAAUUUGUUAAAAUUACUAUUAUAGUUUAUGAAAAUUAUACAUAAUAUUUUAUAUAUACAUAUAUACAUUUAUUCUAUGUACAAAAAUGAUGCGUUUUAAGGUUUUUAUAAUGCAAUAAAAAUAAAAAGUACUUUGUAAUAAUUAUUCGAAAAAUUAAUAAUUUUAAGUGAAACUACAUCAUUACAUUAUUUUGACCGUUUCUUAGUGCUUAGGGCAAUAGCUCUAUAUGAUACAAUUGUGACAAUACAUCUUCAUAUUAUUAUCAUUUAUCCUCAUGGUGACAGUGUAAUUUAAUAAAUUAAUAACUGUAGGUGUUUUACCAAAUAUUUAUAUUAGCAUUUUAUAAGCAAUAUAUAAUUUUUUAAAUAUAUUGGCUUUGUUUGUGCUACUUAAAGUUUUA